AUGGAAGAGCAUCAAGAAUAGGUAGUACGCAGAAAGAAGCUGAACCUUUACAGACUUUAGCCAAAGAACUUUGAAGGUCGUGAGGACGUUAUCAUGUUCACUGACUUAAGCAAGGUCUAUAGUCUUGAAGGCAGAGAAGAGAAGGUCGUUGCCUUGAGAUCCGUGUCCCUAGCUCCCCAAACUGAGUUCUAUCCAAUUAAGAGAGGAGAAUUCGUUAUGAUCAGAGGACCAUCUGGAGGUGGUAAGACCACUCUUUUGAACUUGAUUGGAACUAUUGACUCGCCCAGCGAUGGAGAGCUUUACAUUAUGAACUAGAGAAUUGACGGAGACUCUAAGGAUGAAUUCUUAUCAUCUCUCAGACUGAAGCACAUCGGAUUCGUAUUCCAAACAUUCAACUUACUCGCUACUAUGAGCGCUUUAGAGAACGUGGAACUUCCCAUGAUUCUGCUAGGCAAGCAUAAUGAAAAGGAGAGAAAGAAGAGAGCUAUUGCACUUCUAAAGAGAGUAGGGUUAGGAGAUAGAUUAGAUCAUCUACCCUCAGAGCUGUCUGGAGGAGAGCAAUAAAGAGUAGCCAUUGCUAGAGCACUUGCUAAUGAGCCAGAUAUUCUUCUGCUCGAUGAGCCCACUGGAGAUCUUGACUCAAGAGCCACUGUGCAAGUCAUGGACUUGAUUCUUAACAUUAACAGAGUUGGACCAAGAGGAGAUGGAGAGGAUCACGCUACUACUUGUGUCAUGGUCACUCAUAACCCAGAGUUGGAGUGCUACGCAGACCGUAUUCUCUAUGUAUAAGAUGGUGUUUUCGUGAAACAGGCUAUCAAUGAAGUGCAAACAGCCAUUAAGGAGGACGAAUACACCAAGUACUUGCACAACGAAGAGCAUUGA